AUGAGUAAUAUUUACAUUCAAGAGUCAGCUACUCGUGGCAAAGUUGUUUUAGAUACAACUGUUGAUGAUAUUAAAAUUGAACUUUUCUCUAAAGAAUGUCCAUUAGCAUGUCGAAAUUUUGUUCAAUUAUGUAUGGAUGGUUAUUAUGAUGGUACAGCUUUUCAUCGAGUUGUACCAAAUUUUAUUGCACAAGGUGGUGCUUCAACUGGAACAGGUGAAUUCUUUGCAGAUGAAUUUCAUACACGUUUACGUUUUAAUCGUCGUGGUCUUGUUGGUAUGGUUAGUCAAGGACCAAAUACUAAUGCUAGUCAAUUCUUUUUUACUUUGGGUAGUACUCCAGAACUUGAUAAAAAGAAUACAUUAUUUGACAAAGUUGUUGGUAAUACAUUAUUUAAUAUGUUGAAAUUAGGUGAAGGAGAAAUUAUUGGUGAAAUACCAGUACAUAAACAUAAAAUAAUUAAAGCAGAAAUUAUAUCAAAUCCAUUUGAUAAUAUGUCGAAAGAAACUGUACAAGCUAAAGCAAUCAAAAAUUAUGGUCUUCUUUCAUUUGGAAAUGAAGCUGAAGAAGAUGAAGAAGAAAUAACAAACAUUUCAAUGACAUUCAAACAAAAAGGAACGGGAAAAAGUGCACAUGAUUUAACUAAUGAUUCAACAUUAAGUAAAAAUAC